CAAUGGCGGCCGCCACAGAUGUCCACGUAAGAGUAUGUGAGCAAGAAAUAAUCAAAUAUGAUUUGGAAAUUAAAGCUCUUAUUCAGGAUGUUGCUCAGUGCAGUGGACCGCAGAGUACUCUAACCGAGCUCAACUACAAAGUGAAGGAAAAAUUCAGCCAUCUCCGCCAGAGGAUACAGGAUCUGGAGCAAAUGGGUAAAGAACAAGACAAAGAUUCAGACAAGCAGUCCAUGCUGAAACAAGUUGAAGGCCAUCGCAAGCAGAUGUUAAGUAACCAGACAGCAUGGAGAAAGGCUAACCUGAACUGCAAGAUGUCAAUUGACAGUUUGGAGAAAGAGGAGCUGCUUCAUGGCGGAGACUCGUCACUGAGACAGAGGAAAAUGACCAAAGAGAGUUUGGCCCAGACGUCCAGUGACAUCACCGAGAGCCUGAUGAGCAUCAGCCGCAUGAUGGCCCAGCAGGUGACGCAGAGCGAGGAGACCAUCACAACGCUGGCCACCUCGUCCAGAACGGUCCAGGAGACCAACGAGGAGUUCAAAGCCAUGACCGGGACCAUUCAGCUGGGCCGCAAGCUCAUCACCAAGUACAACCGGCGCGAGCUCACCGACAAGCUGCUCAUCUUCCUGGCGCUCGCUCUCUUCCUGGCCACCGUCCUCUACAUCCUCAAGAAAAGACUCUUCCCUUUCCUGUGAGCAGGGUGCCUUUCCAAGAGACACUACACACACACACACACACACACACACACACACAGACACAGACACACACACAAACACACACACACACAAACACACACACACACAGACACACAGACACACAGACACACACACACACAGACACACACACACACACACACACACACACACACACACACACACACACACACACACACACACACACACACACACACACACACACACACACACAGACACACACACACAAAACAAAAACAAAAAAACAUUCUACUCUAACUGAACUUUAAUCUGACUGCUUCCUAAACUGCAAUCGCGUGGACGCAUCGUGGAGGAAAAUGACAACUGCACUUUACCACUUGGCGCCUCUCUCUCUCACUCUCUCCACGGUUUCCCUCUUUGGCGAGGAUGGAAGGGAGAUAUUUCAGUGACUGUGAUGCAUAUUUCAGUGACCCGCUAACUACAACAACCCCUGCAGAAUCCAUCAAGAACUGACCUCACGUAACUCUGAAUUUCCUCCUCCGGCACAUUAUGGGAUGGUCUUAUCUGUCGAUUAAGUAGAUAAUUAUACACCAGUAAUGUUUACUUUUUGCUCUCGCUUCAACAGGUUUCUUUCACAUGUCAACAUCUUAUACAUUUAAACAAUUAGUUAUCCUUAUCCUAACAAAUCACUGUAAAUGUUGAAUAACACAGAAGGCAGCAAGAUUGAUUUACAACAUAUGGUUUGCUUGUACUGUCUUGUCCUUCAGAGUAGUAACACCAUAUUGUGUUGUAAAUUCGGUUUUGUCUGUGCUUAAAUGUACUGUAGUUGGGACUACACAAAAACAACUGAAGAUACAACUAAGAUUUUCUUUUGUCAUGUAUAUGUGUAAUUAUUGAGCUAGCAUAAAUUAUGUUGGAUGUCAGUGUGGUAUAUUCAUUGUUUGGUCCCCCCCCCCCAUUUAGUCCAUAGAUGGAUCUCAGGCAUGAUAAUUGUAUUGUGUGGUAAAUUGUACACACACCCAUGGCAUUACAGUCCAGAUCAGGGUCAGGCCAGACCAGGGCCAGGGCUGUUUCCAUUGACCGGUCUCGUCGGCCCGUGCUCUCACCUGGUCUUGGCACAGCUGUGCACUCCUGGAGUCAUUUAAAAGGAGAGCUGGAGUUGAACUCAAGAGACCAUGAUGGCAUUGGCAACAGAUAGUCAUGCUGGACUCUUGCCUGGACUUGGCAGAAUGAGAUGGUAAAGAGUAAAAAAAAUCUUUGUGACUUGAAAUUAAUGGAUUCUUGUAGACCAAAUAAACACCCCAUCCAGUGUC